CGAAGAAGACACUCGAGCCGCUGCAGACUGUUGUUUAGAUUAAACUGAUGAAUUUAUCCCUAUUCAUCGUAAAAUAAUACUUUUAUUAAACAUUAGUUCACAUGUUAACGCGUCUUUGAGCUUUAACAACUCACCGACCGAGCGUGUGUGAAUGAAGACAGUUUGAACAUCUGAUUCACAUUGAACACACACGAUUAGAGCUGAUAAUGUUCACAGAUAUGGACUAUGAGCUGCAGGAGGACAAACUUGGUAUUCCUACAGUUCCUGGAACAGUGACUCUGAAGAAAGAUGCACAGAACCUGAUUGGGAUCAGUAUUGGGGGCGGAGCUCAGUUCUGUCCGUGUCUCUACAUCGUGCAGGUGUUUGAUAACACUCCAGCAGCUCUAGAUGGCACACUGGCAGCAGGCGAUGAGAUCACUGGAGUCAACAAUAAACCAGUGAAAGGAAAAACUAAAGUUGAAGUGGCCAAGAUGAUCCAGGCAGUGCAGAGUGAAGUUGUGAUCCAGUAUAAUAAACUGCAGGCCGAUCCGAAGCAGGGCAAAUCUCUGGACAUCGUUCUGAAGAAGGUGAAGCAUCGUCUGGUGGAGAACAUGAGUUCAGGAACAGCAGACGCUCUGGGACUCAGUAGAGCAAUUCUGUGCAACGAUGGUCUGGUGAAGAGACUGGAGGAACUGGAGAAAACUGGAGAACUUUAUAAAGGACUGAUGGAACACACUAAACAGCUGCUCAGAGCUUUCUAUGAACUCUCUCAAACUCACAGAGCGUUUGGGGACGUGUUCUCUGUCAUCGGUGUUCGUGAGCCGCAGGCUGCCGCCAGUGAAGCUUUCGUGAAGUUUGCAGAAGCUCAUCGAAACAUGGAGAAAUUCGGCAUUCAGCUGCUGAAGACCAUUAAACCUAUGCUGCAUGAUUUAAACACGUAUCUCCACAAAGCCAUUCCUGACACCAAACUCACCAUCCGCAAAUACCUGGACGUCAAGUUUGAGUAUCUGUCGUACUGUCUGAAGGUGAAGGAGAUGGAUGAUGAAGAGUACAGCUGUAUCGCAUUGGGCGACCCAUUGUACCGUGUUAGCACCGGUAACUAUGAGUACCGCUUGAUUCUGCGCUGUCGACAGGAAGCUCGCGUGCGCUUCGCUAAAAUGCGCAAAGACGUUCUGGAGAAAAUCGAACUCUUGGACCAGAAACACGUUCAGGACAUUGUGUUCCAGCUGCAGCGCUUCGUUUCUGGUAUGUCUCAUUACUAUGACGACUGUUACGCCGUCCUGAAGGAGGCGGACGUGUUCCCGAUCGAGGUGGAUCUGUCCAAAACCAUGUUGAACUACGGCGGACAGAACCUGUCGUAUGAGGAUGACGACGAGGAGGAGGAGAGCAGAGAGGAAGAGUCCAGCCAGAAGGAGAACGGAGCGGAGAAACUCAUCGACGAUGAAUGAGGGAAUUGUCUUUAAAUGAAGAUCAAUAUCGAGUUUUAAUUAGUCGUUUGUUUUCAUUAACACUUGAGUUCUACCAAAGCACCUAUUUAAUGUUAUAAGUUUAUUUAUUUCUCUAACGAUGUGCUGUUCAAAACACUGACAGCCAAUCACGAUCUCAGACCCCAGUCAAUCGGAGAGCACCUUUUGCUUGUCAUGGUAACACUGUUGCAUUAAUAUGGGUUUUACUGUUACUGUGGUGACGCACCUUUGGUGCAGGCGAUUUGAUUUUAAAAGUUUCACAAUAAAUCUUUGCGUUGUUUUGUUUGCAUUUAAAACGUUUCAAUUGAAGGGACCUAAAGAAGAACGCAUUAAUGAAGCCGACUGGCCGCUUAAACAUGUUUUUGCACAACUUUUGCUUUAUUUACUGCUUAUUUGCCACUUAAACACUGGAUGACUGGAAUAGUUUUGUUUGGGGAAAUAUAAUCUUUUGUGGUAUUUUCUGGAUUACGUUUAAAUUGUGGGUCAUUUUGAGAACGCUGUGAAAAUGGGUUGAUGUACUCCUAAGAUAUAAAUAUGUUGAAGGGACGAAAAACUUUUAUUAUUUAGACUAAAAAGCUUUGUAAAGAGGCAAUGCUUGUAAAAUGUGUUUUGUGUGAGUGAUAAUAUAAAUCAGAUUUUAUUUACAUUGAGAAAUGAGUCUAAUUGAAAGGUGUUAAUUGUUGUAAGGCUGAUCUUACACAGAUGGGUGGAAAGUAUCAUUGUGAUGUUUGUAGGGGUUUUACUUCCUAAAUUAUUCACAGUGCUCUUGUGACUGACACAAGUUCAGUCCUGAGGGCAUUCGUUGGCAUUUUUACUUUUUAAAGCAAAGUAUGAAAUCUAAUUAACCAGUCAAAGGUCUGUGCCAUUUUUAAUGUUGGCUUGACAAACAAGCUUUGUUUAGGGUUGUUACAAAAUCCCUAAACCGGGACCAAAAUGAUCAAUUGUGCUGUAACUCCUAGAGCUUUCGAGCUACAUCCACCAUACUUGGUACAGACCUUCAGACUGGUCUGUCUCGCUUCUUUGUAUCUUUUUUAAUUGAUCGGAAUAGUGGUUUUCACACAGCGGAAGACCAAAUACGUGAAAAAUCCCAUAGAUGAACUAUACAUUGACAGAGUGUUCAAACUGGCCAAUGGGAUGCUCCGUAAUUCAAACUCCAUCUGUUAAAAUAUCCAAAUGUAAACAUCAGUCCUGCUUAAAAACCCAUUUUAGUUACAUUCUCUAGUCAAAAUCACUAACUAUUGUCCAUUUUAUGCCAUUGACCCAUUGGUAACCAAAACCCCUACGUUAGUCACUUUGGCACUUGUCAAUGGGAUUUGCCCUUUUUGGAGGCUUUAAAAAUGUUGAGCUCAUGAAAACAGUGUAAGCCUGUUUGGACCGUCUUAGACAGUCUUAACUGGUUCCAAAUUGGUAUGGAUGUUCUGUUAUUGGCACUGGUUGGUAAGCUGGUAUUUUUUUAUAGGUAGACAAGCUAAAACCAGCAUGAAAGUGCCCGAAUCAAACGUUCCACUGGUAGCAAAAUGAUGGUCGUCUUAACUGGUUUUCACUGGCCAUUUAAUCUGGUCACCAACCACAUAACUGGAUCACUUUGCUGGUCUUAACUGGUGUAUAGAUAUGUUGAUUUAAUGGUGUAUGACACAUGGUUUGCUGGCCUUAGUUUAGAUCCAAUUUGGAUAAUCCAAGCCUGGUCAGGCCACUCAGAUUUAUGGUUUAAAGUGAUUUUAGGCCCUUUUCAGACUGAAAGACCAUUUUAACCCAUUUUAAAGACUAGCUAACAAUCUUGGGCUGGUUUAACCCUUUUUUUUCUAGCUGGUGAAACGUGUAUUAUGGAUGGAUU